AUGGCGGCAGUAGACAAAUGUCCUGCACCAAAGAAACGUGCCAUUGAACCAGAAGUAAGAGCUUCAUUAAGCAGUGAAAGUGAGGAUUACUCACCACCAAAUGAGUCUGAUUGGGAUGAGUCCAGUAGUCCUAGUCAUGUAUCUGUCAGCUGUUGCUCAUCAGAGGAAAGCGAUGUUUUUCCCCAAUAUCUCAAACUUCUAACAAAAUUAAGUGAUUUUGUGAAUCGUGAAAAAGGAAUUUCACCGCAACAUUUAGUUGGAGAGCGAACAAACUUUGGAAUGAAAUUGCUAGAAGAACAAGAGGUGGUAACCGUGCGUGGAGAUGGGGAGUUUGAUUUUCUUCAAGGUAAUGGAGUUAUACGUGCCUGCGAUGCCUUAGCUAACUGUUGUCAGAAUGCUGCCUUGGAACGUCCUGAACUAUUAACUAGCACAAGUCUACGCAAGUAUAUGGCAACAAUAACGCAGACUUUUACCUCUUCCGAGAGUGAAUGUGGAACAAUUUAUAAUUAA